GCGCCACACACAAUCCUUUUAUUUUGAAUUUUAAAACAAAAUUUUUAAGAAUUGAAGUCUGUUUGUGUGUUAAAAUUUAUCUUUGAAAAUUGUACCAAUUAGAAUCACGCGUUGAUUAACUAUAUUACCUUAUCAACUAACUGCUUAGUUGAACGAUAAACACAGCUUACUCAUUGGGAAAUCGCGUUUACGUGUCGUGACGACGUCAUCAAUACGUGAAAGUUUCGGUUUCGGUAUACCAUGCUACUGCGCGUGUGGUGGCUUAAUUAUAUAUUGUACGGAGCGAACUUGAAAGAAGUUAUUUGGAUAAAAGUCGAAGGAGACAACUCAAUUUACCAACAGUAUUUAAGGUUUAAAUAUCUUGAAUACAAAUUUAUCUCCAAUGGCAAAAUCAAAUGAUAAACUUCUUUUGGCUAAUUUAAAGGAAAUUUUAAGGACAAAAGUAAAACUAGAAGAUCAAACUGAAAAUAUCAGAAUUUUACAAAUGGUGUUAGAUGAAUUAAUUAAAGAAAUGAAGACUGAUAAAUUAUUUUAUCAUCUUUUUGAAAAUAUAUAUUACACAGGAAGUUAUUUUGAAAAAUUGAGAGUAAAAGAAGCAACUGAAUUUGAUUUAAAUUUGAUUUUGACUUUUCCUAAGAUUAUGAAUUUUCAGGUAACAACUGACCAUUCUCCUUCCUCGUUUGUUACAUGCCAAUUAAAAUCUGAAUUGAAAGAAUUAAUGCAUGAGAAGAAUUGGGAAUUAAAUAAAGAAAUCUUACGAAAAUUUUCUAACAGAAAGAAUUUUUUGGAAGCAGGAAAAAUUAAAAAUUGGCUUCAAGGAAUUGUAGAUUCAGCAAUUAAUAAAUUGGGAAAAAGAAAUAAUUUACCAAAGAUAAUCAGACAUUUAAGUGGACCUGCAAUAACAAUAUAUAUUAUUACUAAAAAUGGAAUUCAGAUCGAUGUAGAUUUAGUUCCAGUAUUAAAAUUUAAUUGGCCAUUUUGGCCUGAAGGUGCAGCACAAUAUUUUUUAAAUAAUAUUCCACAUGAUGAAAGAUAUUGGUUUAUCGUACCAAAGUUACCUCCAUCAGAAAUAUGUGAAGUAAAUCAAAACAUUUCAUAUCAGUGGCGACUUCAUUUUCCACGAAUUGAAAAAAAAUUAAUACAUGAUAAGGGAUGCUUAAAGUCAAUAAUUAAAUUAUUGAAGUUGUUAAGGGACAGAGAAGGAUGGAAACCUUUAGCAUCUUAUUAUUUGAAAACUGCUGUUAUGUGGACUGUAAUAAUAGAAGAUAAUGUAAGCUGGAAUGAAAGUAAAAUGGAUAUUCUUUUUUUGAUGGUAACAUUUUUUACUGUAUUAAAAAUGAAUAGAAAAUAUUAAACCUAUACA